AUGACUGAAGAGAAAAAAAGGAAGCUUGAAGUGAACGGCACUUCUCGCCGUUUUGCCGAAGUCAGACGUAUCACCAACGAGACCAAGAUCCAGAUUGUUCUGAGUCUUGACGGAGGCUUCAUCUCGUGCAAAGAUUCCAUAUUGGACAAGGAGUACGAUCACGCCUCGCAAGCGACCUCGGCACAAGUGAUCUCUGUCAACACCGGUAUUGGAUUCCUGGACCACAUGAUCCACGCUCUGGCCAAACACUCGGGGUGGUCUUUGAUUGUCGAGUGCAAGGGAGACCUCCACAUCGACGACCACCACUCGGCAGAGGACGUUGCCAUUGCUCUGGGCGAAACGUUCAAAAAAGCUCUUGGUCCUGUGAAAGGAAUGAAACGGUUUGGUCAUGCCUACGCUCCGUUGGACGAGGCUCUUAGUCGAGCCGUUGUGGAUCUGUCGAACAGACCGUACGCCGUGAUCGAGCUGGGGCUCAAGAGAGAGAAGAUCGGAGAUCUGAGCUGCGAGAUGAUUCCGCAUGUUCUAGAGAGUUUUGCUACCAGCGCACAUAUAACGCUGCACGUGGACUGCAUCCGGGGCUUCAACGAUCACCACCGCAGCGAGAGCGCGUUUAAGGCGCUGGCGGUCGCGAUCAGAGAGGCGAUCUCGUACACGGGAAGAGACGACGUUCCUAGCACCAAAGGCGUGCUCAUGUAA